UAACGGUACUUUGCAGAUGCGAAGCAAGUGGAUCGCAAAAUCGCAAAAUGUUGGCGAAAUAAGUUCGCGAACGUCUCGAACGUAACCGGUUACCCACAAUAAACGAAAUUGUCCACAUUCCAUUUGCAAUUUAUCAACGCGGCGCGGGAAAAUCCCUUAAAAUAGCGCGGCGGAGUGUUUGGGGAAAAUGGCGCAACCGCCGCCAGAUCAAAACUUUUACCAUCAUCCGCUGCCCCACACGCACACACAUCCGCACUCGCAUCCGCAUCCGCAUUCCCAUCCGCACCCACAUCAUCAACAUCCGCAGCUCCAGUUGCCGCCACAAUUCCGGAAUCCCUUCGAUCUGCUUUUUGAUGAACGAACGGGUGCGAUAAACUACAACUACAUACGCCCGUAUCUGCCCAACCAGAUGCCCAAGCCAGAAAUGUACCCUCCAGAGGAGCUGCCCGACUCCCUGGUGAUGCGGCGACCGCGACGCACUCGUACCACCUUCACUAGCUCCCAGAUCGCCGAGUUGGAGCAGCACUUUCUGCAGGGACGAUACCUCACGGCCCCCAGAUUGGCGGAUCUGUCGGCAAAACUGGGCCUGGGCACUGCCCAGGUGAAGAUCUGGUUCAAGAAUCGUCGGCGUCGUCACAAAAUCCAAUCGGACCAGCACAAGGAUCAGUCGUACGAGGGCAUGCCCCUCUCGCCGGGUCUAAAACAGAGUGACGGCGAUCCUCCCAGUCUGCAGACCCUGAGCUUGGGCGGAGGAGCCACGCCCAACGCCUUGACCCCAUCGCCCACGCCCUCGACUCCCACAGCCCACAUGGUGGAGCACUACGGCGAGUCCUUCAACGCCUAUUACAACUACAAUGGAGGCCACAACCAUGGCCUGACCAAUAGACACGCGCAUGUGCAGUACCCCACCGGAGGAGCUCCAGGAUCUGCCACUGGCGGCCAGUUCUUCCAGCAACAGCAGGGACAUGUCCAUCACCACCAGCAGCAGCUGCACCACCAGAGUAACCAUGUGCCGCCCCAGAUGCUACAGCAGCAGCAGCAGGCGGCGCCGCAGCAGCAGUACCACCACUUUGACUUCCAGCAAAAGCCACCUAGCGCGUCCCGUGUCCUGGUCAAGGACGAGCCGGAGGCAGACUACAACUUUAACGGCUCGUACUACAUGCGACCUGCUUUGUCUGGCGCCUCUGCAUCCGCGUCGGCUAUGGCCCGCGGCGCUGCCUCGCCGGGCUCCGAGGUCUACGAGCCAUUAACACCCAAGAAUGACGAGAGUCCCAGUCUGUGCGGCAUCGGGAUUGGCGGACCCUGCGCCACCGCCGUUGGCGAGACGGAGUCCGAAGAUAUGGACGACGGAACGAGGAAGAAGACGACGCUUCAGAUCUUGGAGCCUUUGAAGGGUCUGGACAAGAGCUGCGACGAUGGCAGCAGCGACGACAUGAGCACCGGUCUGAGAGCUUUGGCAGGAUCCGGAAAUCGUGGCACAGCCUUUGCCAAGUUUGGCAAGCUUUCGUCUCCACAGGGAUCCCAGCAGCCCCUUGGAAUGGGACUGGGCGUGACUAUAUCCGAGUCGAACCAAUAUCAAUGCACGAUGGAUACGAUAAUGCAAGCGUAUAAUCCCCAUCGUAACGCCGCAGGCAACUCGCAGUUCGCCUACUGCUUCAAUUAGCCUUGACAGGCGGCGUCCCAGAGAGUUAUAAUAGCUUUAGGUUUAGGUUAACAACUGUUGUUCCUGAUUGUACAAAAACCAAGUGAUUGUAGAUAUAUACGCGUAGUAAGUUAGGCCUAAACUUAAGAUCUGUGUAAAUUGUUUUUAGAGAAGUUUUAUGUACUAGCCUAGUCAGUGGCGAUACGGAUUUCAAUCCCCCUUGUGGUGAUACUCUAUUUAAGUUCAAACUUCCCCCGCAAUACGCUCUUUGCUUCGAUUGCGUCUGGCAGGCCGUUCCAAUAAAGCCCAGGAACAUCCAGCUAGAUCCAUUUGAGGCCUAAUGGGCUUGAACGUAUUCCAGGGAAAGUUACCACCCCAUACCUUUAUUUCCGUGCCAUCAAAAACUCCUUUCUGAAACAAAUUGGCAUAGCUAAAAACUGUACUAAUCGAAAUGCAAAAUGUUUCUCUUGGGGGUAAUCAAAAUAAGAGAUUACCUCAAAAUGAUCGAACAUUUAAACAAUAAUAUUCGAUGUGAUAUUUUCAAUUUCUAUGCUAUGCCAUAGUGUCUGACAUAAUCAAACAUUUGCACAUUCUUUCACCAAGAAUCGUCAGCAAAUUGUUUUAUCAACUAAUGCAGACCACUUGUUCUAGUUUCUGUGAUUUUUUGCUGUCCACGGAAUGAAUAUCCUAUCGAUUUAUUUUAAUUUUAUCACUACAAGUCGCAUUGAAAUCUGUUAGGCCUCAAAUUAAUUUUAAAACGGUGCACCUUUGAUGUUGUAUUUUAAAGUUUUGUCUAUAUCAAUAUGGGAAAAUAUAAGAACUACUCUACUAGAGUAAGCUGUGACUAACUACA